AUGUCACCAUCGAAGGUAACGGAAGCAUUGAGUGCAGUGCUAAGUCUGACGUUUGCAGUGACGCAAGACGAUGAGGAGUCAUCCGCAGGAUCCCAGCAGCAGGAUAGCCAAAUAGCGAUGUCAUUAGCGCCACUGCAGCCGAAACGAGGACGUCUUCGUGGUACCGGUAUAGCUCGCGGUCCACGUGUGGGAGUGCGAAGAUCUAUACUAGGCGACCAACAAAUUCAUAGUGCUGUAGAGAUUGAAGAAACAGGCCUUUUUGGAGCUGUAAAAACUGGAAGAAAUCUCGAGCAAACAAUCGAUGAAUGGAUUGAAGAGUAUGAACGGAAUCCUGAUGCUGCGCUCGUAAAGUUGCAGCAGUUCUUUAUUUCAUGUUGCGGUUGUAAAGGGACAAUCAAUGCCCACAUGCUAAGCACAAUGGAAUAUAGUGAAAUUAUUCGACGAAUGACCGAAGACUUUGAUGAAGAUUCCGGCGAUUAUCCACUGAUUCUUACUGGCAUGCAGUGGAAGAAAUUUCGUAAUAACCUGCAUUCUAUGCUCUAUGUCUGGAUCGAUAAAUGCAAAUCCUCACUGAUUUUUGACCAGCGUAUGAUGGACAGUGUGAUACAAUUGUUAACUGGUUUAGCAGAUAGCCAAGUUCGUGCAUUCAGGCACACAGCAACGUUCGCAGCAAUGAAGAUCUCCUCAGCUCUAGUAGAUGUAACCUUGGAAUUAGUUUCUGUGAAGGAUCGUAACGCAAAACAGUUAGAGGCUGAGAAGGCUCGGUUGAAACAAAGCUCUGGCACUAACGAGAAAUUGGAUGUAUUAAUUCAGAAGAAGAACGAGAUAGAAGAACGUACGGAUGAUGUUCGUCAGAUGCUGCAGUACAUCUUCAAGAGCGUAUUUGUUCAUCGAUAUAGAGACGUCCUUCCGGAUACGCGUUCGAUUUGUAUUACCGAGCUUGGAAAUUGGAUGCUGGUAUAUCCGGAUCACUUCUUAGAGGACUCUUAUCUAAAAUAUAUUGGCUGGAGCCUAUAUGACAAGGUCCCCGAUGUACGACUGAAGUGCAUUUCUGCUCUCUUGCCUCUAUAUGACAAGCAGGAUGUUUUGCUAAAGUUGGAGUUGUUCACAAACAAGUUCAAGGACAGGCUUGUGUCUAUGGUUCUUGACAAGGAAAAUGAAGUUGCAAUGAAGACCUGUCAACUUAUGACAAGUAUUUAUCGGGUUUUUCCCAAUUUACUCCAGUUGAAAGAUUGUGUUCCGAUUUAUGAACUUGUAUACUCGAACCAUCGUGGCCUAGCUGUUGCUGCUGGUGAAUUUCUCAAUACGAAGGUCUUCCAACAUACGCAUCGUGGACGCGCGUCUAACGUAACGAAUUCAAGUCGGAGUGGAAUUGGCGAUAACGCGAAGCUUAUACAAGACCUCAUUCAGUUUUACAUUGAGGGAGAGUGUCAUGACCAUGCCACAUAUCUCGUCGAUGCGUUGAUUGACACAAACCCAAUGAUAAAGGACUGGCAAACAAUGGUAGAUUUAUUGCUAAGUGAUGAAGUAGAAUCAAGUGAAUCACAGUUGAUUGAAAUCCUGGUAUGCUCUGUUCGUCAGGCAGCCACAGGUGAGCCGCCUGUUGGUAGGUCGGUUGUCAAGAGAGGAGCGCCAUCUACUAAAGAGAGUCGUACACUUUUGGAAGAUCGAAACCGACUUUCUGAAGUUCUGAUUCCUGCUUUACCGAAAUUGCUACAAAAGUUUAUCGCGGAUCGAGACAAGGUUGCUAACCUAAUUACGCUACCGCUUAAUUUCCAACUUGAUAUGUACAUGGCUGGUCGACUUGAAAACCACCUUGCCGAACUGAUGAGGGUAAUCGAUAUGGUGGUAGAGAAACAUGCUGAUGAGGAGAUGAUGAACACUGUAGCUGAAAUGAUCACGUACUUUUCAACUAACACAUCAGUUGCACAGCAUACAGAGACGUACAGGUUGAAACUCAUCGAUGGAUUAGCUCUGCAAUUACGCCAUACUGUGCAACGGUGCAUGAAUGAAGAGCAGUGGGACGAAGAAGACGAAGCAGCGAUGUUGGCAGCUUUUCGCAAAAUCACAGCAUUUGCUAGCCACAUCGAUCUGAAGAAGUGGGACCUCUGGGAUGUGGUGUUGCAUGUACUCAACAACCACGAUGACAGGGCACCGCGUGACGUCAUCGAUAAAUCGAUAUGGUUCCUAUUUAUGCAGCUGAAUUGGGACUUAUUGCGUCUUGUACGGGAUCAAGAGCCAAAUAAAAUAGAGGCUGUUAAGAAGUUGAGAAAGCGUCGUGAUCAGUUUUUGCAUGAUGUUAAUAUAAUACUUAGUGAAGGUGCUUCAGGAGUAGAGCUAGCUUUCCAGUGCCUUAAUGACGCACUAAUUUUGUUCAAUGAAGAGCUGAAGACACAUGGUGCCCAUCUAGAGCCUCUAAUUGUGCGCCUGGAUAAUGAUUUCAUUCUCAAGAUGCAGUCAUUCGUCAAUGAUAAUGUUUUCAUUCCUCCUUCGGAAGAUACUCAACUCGAUCAGCAGCAGCAAGUAGAGCUAAUGCAUAUGAAACGCAGCCUUUUGUCACAAUAUUGCAAAAUGGUUCUCCAUGGUGUCUUUCCGGUAAAAGAUGCUGCUUUCGUUCUUCGGUACUACUGCGAGUUCUACUCGGACUUUGGUGAUAUCUUAAAGCAGAUGCUCUACAAAUGUCGGGAUCUCAAUUUCGUUGCUUGUGCUAAAGCUGUAACUAGAGCUUUAACUGAUGUUUACGAAAGCAUUAGGAUGAAUACUGGACAAGAAUUCGUUGACCCACUUUCGGACGACUUCCACCAGUUGCGUGACUUGGCUAAAAGAUUCGCUGUUGCUUUCGGGAAUGAUCACAUUAAGAAUAGAGAGGCAGUGGCUGUAGUGCAUAGAGAUGGCAUUCAAUUUGCUCUCAAGGGCUAUGAUCCUAAUCAAACCCGUCGUGGCAAUGGAAGCAAACCACUCAAUAUUACUUUCCUCGAAGUCAUCAUCGAGUUCAGUGCAAAGCUUAUACGUCAGGAUAAAGUGGCUGUGUAA